UAUUUUCUGCAACGUUCCCCGUCAAUCUCCGCCUCCUAGGGCACAACACGAGCGGCUCCUGGGGCUCGUCUCGCUCCGCUGGGUCUUCCAGCGCCACCCGCGACCAUCUCCCGUCGCUAGGGUUUUCCCCGGCGUGGUUCGGCGACUCAGAUCCAGGAUGCCAUGGGCGGAUGGCCUCUUCCUCCCUUGCCCCGACGCCAUGAAUUUGCUAGACCUGGCUGUUGGCCGCGAGCCCAGCCACCUCCUUGCGGCCGCAUCGUCUGGAUCUGGCCGAGUCUCUAGCCCGGCCGCAUCAUCAGGGUCUCGCCCGCGAGGAUCCAGGCCACCCACCCCCGCUCCCGUCUGUCGCCGCUCCGGAUCCGCGCCACCCGCGCUCCUCGACCUCGAGCUUCGCCCCCGCUCGUCUGUUGCCGCUCCGAGGCGGCAGCGCAGCUGGCCUGAGCCCGAGCAGGAGCAGCAACUCAUCUCACCCAAGCCGUUGUCCGUGAGCCCAGCCACCUCCUCCUGGAAAGGGUUCCACCAAUGCAGCCCACGAGAUGAAUAUAUGAGUAUAUGAGCUAAUGUAUGUUUUAGUAGAUAUAUACAAAUCAAUGUGAAUUCUGAACUGAGCGACCCAUGAGUUCAUCCAUACAAAUAUGUGAAUUCUGAACUGAGCGACCCUUGAGUUCAUCCAUACAAAUAUUCAUCUCGACAGUCCACUGUUUACUACAGUAGUAGUUAUUUUAGUUUCCACACAUCGGUUAUUCUGAAUUCCCAGUCACAGGUAACUGCCAAACCGCACAACUUAAUUUUACACUACUGGAAAAGGGUGCAAGUUAUGAUUCCUUUGCUGAAGCCUGCACGUCUCUAUCUAAAUUGUUUGUCAUGAGUUUUCUGACUUUAAUCGA